UCGGGCUGUGAUUGCCUGGCGCUUUCCUUCCUGUGUCUUGGGGUUCGGCUCUCGGACAUGUCUGUGUUCGACAUAUCUGCAUGCGUCAGGAGAAAGGAGACUAUAGGGGAAAUGGAGUACUGUAGUAGGUAUGUGUUUUGUUUACAGUUUAGUUUAGCAUCAUGCUCCGGUUGGAUACCGUUCGAUGGCUUUAAUGCUUUACCAUUUUAAAAAAAGUACAAAAAAAUCUGGCUGCCCCCUUGCCCCUUCGUUCUCUCUCUUCUCCAAUGCCGUUUGUUUCUGGACUUGAAGCAACAUAAAUAGAGGACACCUGGGGUGUCAUAAAGACAAACACCUUCUGGCAGUAUCUAGGUAUGUGUGUGUGUACACACGUAGAGCCCGUACUCUCUUUCCCUGCGGGAAACAAUGCGCCCAGUGUCUCUCUGCAGCGCAGCUGGACACAACUGUGUGUUCAGGCGAGCAGCAACUUUGCUCCGCCACGCUAGACCUGGGCUGGCGGCGCAGCUCAAUAGUAUCAAUUGACUCCUUCUUAAUGCAUACACAUGACUUGUGUCGAGAUCUUACGGCUCCUCUGAGACUGAACGGUGACUCUCAACGGGGUGAAUUGGGGGUGCUCGAGAUGCUUGUCUGUAUGUCUGUGGCUACCUACAGUGUCACUGCUCAUGAGCCCACAGGCGAUCAUAUCUCAUCCUCAAGACAUAUACAGCUCUAUAUUCUCUGGCCACUGAUGUGCUUUAGUGAUGUGGCUUCAGCAACCAUAGUAUUGGGCAACGUAGGAUAAUUUUUUGUGUUUACGUUACAUCGCCAAAAAGACAUAGCCUUUCGUUUGACAAUAACAUAACAGUAGUCUGUGCAGCUUACUGAUUUGCUGGUUAGUCGCUGGAUGCUACCCCCUGCUGCUGGUCCACUGCAAUAAUUGGACCGAUGCACAUGCAUUAACAUGGGUGUAUUUGCUUUAUUGCUAAGGCACUAUAUUCGGCUAGCAGCUUAUACAUGGGCUAAUAUAGUCCUCUGCACUGUUGUGAUUACAUGACCAUGCAAUCUACGUUUAUCUGUCUGGUUUUAUCUGUAUGCCUCCAUCUGCAGCCCUCAUCCGUUAAUGCGAUGUGUAUGAUUCGCUGCUCGCAUAUGGCUUUUGUUCCGGCGGCAGAAAAAUACAGCGCACAGCUUGCUCUGAAGUCAGCGUUCCCUCCAGGCAGAGAGAGAUCUAUUAUUAGCUGUCCUGUCCUCGCUCAUCUGCCCAUCUCUCUUCCUCUCAAUCUCUCAAUUUGUGCUCUCUCACUCCAUCCCUUCUCUGGCCACUGUCUGAAUCUCAAGUGGUGAUUUUGGCCUGUCUUUGGCAGAGGCAACCAUAAUUAGGAUUGAUAUGAUGCAACGUUAACGUGACGUCACUAACGGCCCUGCUCAGGGCCGGUCUCUGCUGUUCUGCCGCCCUAGGCAAGACCAAAAAAUGCACCCCUCCAAAACUAGAAUAGUCCCAGUAAGCAAAAUGAAGUUGAAAAUACUUGUAAAAUAUGCAGUGGCGAUUUUAGCAUGUAAAUCUUGGUGGGGCAAACUCAGUAAUUUGUUUUGUUGAUGCAUGCCAGCAAAGCCACAACACUAAACUAAAUGGUGCCCACAAACUGUUAGGGCCUACAUAAAGCUGUCCCAACAGCAGAGCUUUCGUUUCAGCACCAUGGAGUGAAUCCUUACCACGGCUACACCUGGCUAUCAGCGGAGCCUUGUCUGGCAGCGAAACUGUUAAUUCAGCCUCAUUUACUGCCUUUAAAAAAAAACAUAGCUGAUAUGUAUACUUUCUUAAACAAAUGUGGUUUCUGCUGACAAUUGAUAUGUACAAACUAUGGCAUAAGGAGAAGAUGAGCGGAUAAGAAUCAAUACGUAAUUUAUGUACAUUAAUGAGCGAGCUAGGACAGACAGUCAAUAACAACUGUUUGUUCAGCACUUUUGAAAUGUACAGUGACAGAAUUCAGAACAUGGGCCGUUCUUACAGUAUUCUCCCUGUACACCAAGUCAGAACCGUAGGAUAAAUAAAGGGGGCAUAUAAGCAGACAAUGAAAGCUCUUACAAUAUUCAAUGAUUACAUUUAUCUAAAACAGGCUAUAGACUACAUGUGCACCACCAAGUCAGAACAGUAGGCUAAGUUAUGAGGGGGAAAGGGACCAAAUUAUUAGGGUGAGGCACAUGGGCUACUAACAGCUUACUACACAACAGACAUUUAGUAUUACUUUCUUAGCUACAGUAUACAUAUCUCCCUGACAUACAUAAUUUAUGCAGCAGCAUACAAGACAUUUUUGGACUCACCUUGUUGUGCUGUGUUCACUUGAACAGGAAGGUGGCGCGGCGGUCCUUCUUGUGGGCAAAUUUUGUCAUCAAAGUCUGUCAUUCUCUGGAUUUAUGGUGCUUUCAAGACAACUGGGAACUCAGGAAAAACAAGGUUGAAUCAUGAUGUCAGUGAUCUUCAGGUCGGAGCUCUAGAAAUAGGCCAGAGUUCUCGACUUGGAAUUCAGAGUUAGAUGACCAUUCAAAACAUAUUUUCCCAGUCGGAGCUCGUUUUUGUCCGAGUUCCCAGUUGUCUUGAACUCACUGAAGUCUGAGAUUUCCCAGUUCCGAGUUUCCAGUUGUUUUGAACACGGCAGAAGUUAUGCUGGAUUGGCCCAAGGUGUUGAGUAUUUAUCCUUUUAAGCUUGGAAAAGAGACCCUUAAACCCAGAAUUAGACCACACACCAACUCCACUGAAUAGCAGGCUAGUGAUUGCUUUGCAACACAUGCAGUUAGCCACUGAUUCCUUCUAAACCAUUCAUUGUUGAAUUUGCGAUUACCAACUUGUUGUGUAAUGUUUAUGUCCAAUGGCCGAUGAGCACCGAUACAUUUAAUCUAUAAUUUCUCUUCGAUUGAAAAGGAUUUGCUAGUAGAUUGUCCACUUGAUUCAUGAUGAUGACUGCUUGCUAGCUAAGAUUUUGAAAGUAUGAGGUUGACAUGAUCAGUCCAAUCAAAGCUACUGUAGAUAUAACGUGAUUUGACAUAAUUUUAUCUGUGGCCAAUGACCUUGAGCCUUGGAUGGGCACUUCUAAUGUAACUCUAAGGCUGCACCCAAGGGGUUUGAAUUUUCGAGCUCUCCCCAUAGAUUUUGCGGUGACGUAGUGCCCCCAUGAGUAACAGAACACUGAGCCAAUCACGGCGCAACUAGAGAACAAUACCAAACCCUAAACUCCGUAUUUUCCGCUGGCUGCCCCACCACCACAGAAAGCACUGAGCUAGGCUGAAACACCUGCAUUUUGGAGCUGCCUUACUCAAGAAAGCAAAAAAAGAGACCAUGUUUGUAUGCGGCUUUAUUAACUCAAUUAUAUAUAUUUUUACAUUGUUUGCAAACUGAUGUGACACGUAUUAAUGCCAAAAUAACAUGCAAAACAAGCAACCCCAAAAGUUUUAGAUAUAUAUAUAUAUUUUUUUUUUGCUAAACAGGUGGGGCUCAAAACAGGCGCCACUGGAAAUAUGUAUUUUCCAGACAUUGAUGUUAGGUUCAAUUUAGGUUCUGAAUAAAAGGUGAAAAUGCAUAUUUUCCGUAUGUUUAAAAUACAUAUUUUCCAGGAUGUUGAAAAGGCAAAUUUUCUGGAUGUAGGAAAAAUACGUAUUCUCCGGAUGUUGAAAUUGGGUUCAUUUUCGGUUCUGAAUGAAAGUUGAAAAAAACGUAAUUGAUAGAUGUCUAUGUUUGGUCCAGCCUUGAAAUUGAAUUUUAUGAAUGCCCAUCUAUGUGGUAAGUCUACCGUUUUUGUAAAACACCCAGAAAGUAUGUCCGGACAGGACUAAAAAAAGGGGUCCAAAAGACAUUUGCUCGUGCUUACUGGGGUGUAGCCUCACCGCCGGCUGCUCAUUAGGCAGGAUUAGGCGGCAGAUUGACAAGAGCGGCAUUUUCAGAGCUAAACUGACGAAGACGCAACUCCAACAACAACACAUAAAACCUCACAUAAUUCUGCCCAAAAACAAUGACAAUUUGUCUCAACCAGUGUCAUAUUGGCUUUUUAGGUGAGCGCUGAUGCCGCCUUGUGAUAAACAGUGGCCACUUUGUCAAAGGCAGGGGCGCAAAAUAUUUUGCUGGUCCAUUCCCAGCCCUAGGGUGCUGUUGGCUAGACGCUUCGCUGAGGCGCUCCACUAACGUUCCGUCAAAAAUCAUCUAACAUAAAUCAUGUAGCCGAUAUACAGUGGGGAAAAAAAGUAUUUAGUCAGCCACCAAUUGUGCAAGUUCUCCCACUUAAAAAGAUGAGAGGCCUGUAAUUUUCAUCAUAGGUACACGUCAACUAUGACAGACAAAUUGAGGGAAAAAAAUCCAGAAAAUCCCAUUGUAGGAUUUUUAAUUAAUUUAUUUGCAAAUUAUGGUGGAAAAUAAGUAUUUGGUCACCUACAAACAAGCAAGAUUUCUGGCUCUCACAGACCUGUAACUUCUUCUUUAAGAGGCUCCUCUGUCCUCCACUCAUUACCUGUAUUAAUGGCACCUGUUUGAACUUGUUAUCAGUAUAAAAGACACCUGUCCACAACCUCAAACAGUCACACUCCAAACUCCACUAUGGCCAAGACCAAAGAGCUGUCAAAGGACACCAGAAACAAAAUUGUAGACCUGCACCAGGCUGGGAAGACUGAAUCUGCAAUAGGUAAGCAGCUUGGAUUGAAGAAAUCAACUGUGGGAGCAAUUAUUAGGAAAUGGAAGACAUACAAGACCACUGAUAAUCUCCCUCGAUCUGGGGCUCCACGCAAAAUCUCACCCCGUGGGGUCAAAAUGAUCACAAGAACGGUGAGCAAAAAUCCCAGAGCCACACGGGGGGACCUAGUAAAUGACCUGCAGAGAGCUGGGACCAAAGUAACAAAGCCUACCAUCAGUAACACACUACGCCGCCAGGGACUCAAAUCCUGCGGUGCCAGACGUGUCCCCCUGCUUAAGCCAGUACAUGUCCAGGCCCGUCUGAAGUUUGCUAGAGUGCAUUUGGAUGAUCCAGAAGAGGAUUGGGAGAAUGUCAUAUGGUCAGAUGAAACCAAAAUAGAACUUUUUGGUAAAAACUCAACUCGUCGUGUUUGGAGGACAAAGAAUGCUGAGUUGCAUCCAAAGAACACCAUACCUACUGUGAAGCAUGGGGGUGGAAACAUCAUGCUUUGGGGCUGUUUUUCUGCAAAGGGACCAGGACGACUGAUCCGUGUAAAGGAAAGAAUGAAUGGGGCCAUGUAUCGUGAGAUUUUGAGUGAAAACCUCCUUCCAUCAGCAAGGGCAUUGAAGAUGAAACGUGGCUGGGUCUUUCAGCAUGACAAUGAUCCCAAACACACCGCCCGGGCAACGAAGGAGUGGCUUCGUAAGAAGCAUUUCAAGGUCCUGGAGUGGCCUAGCCAGUCUCCAGAUCUCAACCCCAUAGAAAAUCUUUGGAGGGAGUUGAAAGUCCGUGUUGCCCAGCGACAGCCCCAAAACAUCACUGCUCUAGAGGAGAUCUGCAUGGAGGAAUGGGCCAAAAUACCAGCAACAGUGUGUGAAAACCUUGUGAAGACUUACAGAAAACGUUUGACCUGUGUCAUUGCCAACAAAGGGUAUAUAACAAAGUAUUGAGAAACUUUUGUUAUUGACCAAAUACUUAUUUUCCACCAUAAUUUGCAAAUAAAUUCAUUAAAAAUCCUACAAUGUGAUUUUCUGGAGAAAAAAAAAUCUCAUUUUGUCUGUCAUAGUUGACGUGUACCUAUGAUGAAAAUUACAGGCCUCUCUCAUCUUUUUAAGUGGGAGAACUUGCACAAUUGGUGGCUGACUAAAUACUUUUUUCCCCCACUGUAGGAUAUGAUAGAAAGAGUAUGUGGCCUUUUCUGUAGCCUACAGGCUGGAAAUAAAACGUAUGACAAUGUAAUGAGAUGGACACUUUUUACAUCAUGCAGGUUUCUCAGAUCAAAUAGCAUUUUACAUUUACAUUUUAGUCAUUUAGCAGACGCUCUUAUCCAGAGCGACUUACAGUUAGUGAGUGCAUACAUAUUUUUUUUUAUUUUUCAUACUGGCCCCCCGUGGGAAACGAACCCACAACCCUGGCGUUGCAAACACCAUGCUCUACCAACUGAGCUACAUCCCUGCCGGCCUUUCCCUCCCCUAUCCUGGACGACGCUGGGCCAAUUGUGCGCCGCCCCAUGGGUCUCCCGGUCAUGGCCAGCUAUGACAGAGCCUGGAUUCGAACCAGGAUCUCUAGUGGCACAGCAGGACCACUGCACCACUCGGGAGGCCUAACCUAAAUGGCGCCCAAUCAAAUAAAAAAUGUGCUGUCAUGUUAAUAAACAUAUCCUAAAAACAGGACAGUAAAUGGACAAUAUGGAAUGGACAAUCACAACUGUUGUCCAGGAGUUUCACCCCAUUGUCAUGAUCAGUGGUUUCAAGUUUGUAUCCAUCAUUUUUUGACAAGCUGAUCAUAGCACCAACAAAAAAUGACUUUCUCGCUGUGUAAACACAUUGCAAAUAGGCUCACGAUAACUCCUGAUAAAGUCGGGUAGCUGAUAUUCAAAGCUUAAAUAGCCAAAUUGAUUAGUCACAUGAAUCAAUAAAACCAAUGCAUCGGCCUGUGUUACAAAUGGUGGGCCUACCAGAUGGAUGGGCAUUCAUAAAAUUCCAUUGCCUCCGACAUGAUAGGCUACACUCCAGUAAGCACGAGCCACCUUGUCUUUGUGAGACGCAGAGUAGGUGAACGGAUCUCCGCAUGUGUGGUUCCCACCGUGAAGCAUGGAGGAGGUGUGAUGGUGUGGCGGUGCUUUGCUGGUGACACUGUCAGUGAGUUAUUUAGAAUUCAAGGCACACUUAACCAGCAUGGCUACCACAGCAUCCUGCAGCGAUACGUCAUCCCAUCUGGUUUGCGCUUAGUGGGACAAUAAUUUGUUUUCAACAGGACAAUGACCCAACACACCUCCAGGCUGUGUAGUGGCUAUUUGAACAAGGAGAGUGAUGAAGUGCUGCAUCAGAUGACCUGGCCUCCACAAUCACCCGACCUCAACCCAAUUGAGAUGGUUUGGGAUGAGUUGGACCGCAGAGUGAAGGAAAAGCAACCAACAAGUGCUCAGCAUAUGUGGGAACUCCUUCAAGACUGUUGGAAAUGCAUUCCAGGUGAAGCUGGUUGAGAGAAUGCCAAGAGUGUGCAAAGCUUUCAUCCAGGCAAAGUGUGGCUACUUUGAAGAGUCUCAAAUAUAAAAUAUAUUUUGAUUUGAUUAACACUUUUUUGGUUACGACAUGGUUCCAUAUGUGUUAUUUCAUAGUUUUGAUGUCUCACUAUUAUUCUACAAUGUAGAAAAUAGUAAAAAUAUAGAAAAACCCUUGAAUGAGUAGGUGUGUCCAAACCUUUUGACUGGUACUGUAUGUUAGAUUAUUUAUUUGACAGAACGUUGGUGGAGCGCUGCAGCGAUGUGUCUCUUCAACAGCACCCUGGAGAGGAGCGCUGGGAAUGGACAAGCAAAAUAUUUUGCGCCCAGAGGGCACUGUUUAUCACCGGGUGGCAUCAGCGCUCACCUAAUUGUCCACAUGCCACUGGUUGAGAGAAAUUGUCAUUGUUUUUCUGCAGAAUUAUGUGAGGUUUUAUGUGUUGUUGUUGUUGGAGUUGCGUCUUCGUCAGUUUAGCUCAGAAAAUGCCGCCUUCAUCAAUCUGCCGCGAUUGCCGGCUGCCUAAUAAGUGGGCCUACAUACCACUGCUACACUAUAGCCAUCUGGCGUACGGCAUUGCCUUCAGCCGUUGAGGAAAUGCUUCCUUUGACGUCAAUGAAAGCUGCUCCACGUCCAAUGGCAGCGUUCAAGCUCAAGAAUAGCAGAGGAUCAAUUCUUGAUGGCUGAUGUGCACGUUCAUUCUAUCUUGUGAAUUGAAAUAAUGGGAAAUAAAGUAGAUUUUGGUUGCAUAUGGCCUCGACUAUACACCACUGGUUAUUUUACUAAGAUUUAUGAAGUCAAGAAGCUACUACAAGCUAGCUAGCUACAUUGACUAGCUAGGUUCACAAUGUAAACAAAAGCAAAUUUAGUAUAACCACUAGCAAGAAUGAGUAUUUGUGAAAAACUGGACGAAAGCUAUUGUACUUACGCAUAAUCGAUGAAUGUGGUACAUACAGUAGGGCACUGUUGUUAUUGGGGUUCUCUGUGUGUGUGUGUGUGUGUCCUGACUGCAUGUGUGUUAGUACCUCUGCACAUGCUAAUUGUGGUGGUCGGUCAUUGGCAUUGCUGAGUGGCAUUAGGUGUCAGGUGAGGUGUAUUGCAGUGCAGUGCAGAAAGCACAAGGCCAGCACAACCUGAUCCCUCUAGGUACUGACUCACAAAGCUCAGGCACUGCAGGCUGCAUGAUGCACAUUGCUGUGUGUGUGUGUGUGUUUGUCUCUCUCCCAAAUCUGUGUCAGUGUGUACAUGGUGUUUACAGAGUCCAGUGAACCAGUGGUACAUGGGGGCAGGCCAGAGUAUUUUACUUUGUUUUGGACAGAGGUAGGCUUGGGCGACAUACCGUUUAUACAAUAUACCAGGGAAAUUCCGAAAUACAGUAUGAUUUUCGCCUCCCGGGGGCUGCUGGGGUGCGUGCUACAUUUUACAUUUACAUUUUAGUCAUUUAGCAGACGCUCUUAUCCAGAGCGACUUACAGUUAGUGAGUGCAUAAUUUUUUUCAUACUGGUCCCCCGUGGCAAACGAACCCACAACCCUGGCGUUGCAAGCGCCAUGCCCUACCAACUGAGCUACAUGGGACUAUGCAACUGCUUCUAACUAACUAUAAGUUAAGUAUAACUAAGAAAUCUAAGAUGUGUCAAAUAAAUUAUAUCCAGCUCAGGGCUAUGCAUUUGGUUUGCUAGCUAAGUAGCUUGAUGUCAAGAUCAAGCUUCUUGGUUACAGCAGAUACAUUCCAUCCACUCCUGGAUCAAUCCCCUCCUGGAUCAAGAUCCCUGUUUUUCUUUUUUUAUAGAGCCCCUUGUGUGCACAUUCGGUAAUACCGUAUACCCUGGUAUGAUACAGAAACAGUAUGAACAUAUGGAUAUCGCCCAACCCUAGACAGAGUGACUUUGCACGUGUUGCUUGUUGCUGUUGCUGCAGCAGGAGAUCAAAUCACAUUUUAUGUCACAUGCGCCGAAUACAACAGGUGUAUUACCGUGAAAUGCUUACUUACAAGUCCUUAACCAACAAUGCAGUUAAGAAAAUACAAACCAUAGUAAAAAAAUUAUAAUAUAUAUAUAUACACACACACACACACACACACACACACACACACACACACACACACACACACACACACACACACACACACACACACAAGGGGUACUGGUACCGAGUCAAUGUGUUAGUUGAGGUAAUAUGUACACCAACAGUGCAGAGUGGUACUGGAGCCUGGAGGCGUUGCAGAACAGGGCUCCCAGAACAGAAGAUUGGUGUUGCUCUGUUGCAGGCCAUAUAACCUGGAACUCACGAAAAUAUAUGGAUCUCAGAGUAUAACCAGAUACAAUGCCUUGCAAAAGUAUUCAUUCCCCUUGGCGUUUUUCCUAUUUUGUUGCAUUACAACCUGUAAUUUAAAUGGAUUUUUAUUUGGAUUUCAUGUAAUGGACAUACACAAAAUAGUCCAAAUUGUUGAAGUGAAAUGAAAAAAAUAACUUGUGUCAAAAAAUUCUAAAAGAUAAAUUACGGAAAAGUGGUGCAUCCACAUGUAUUCGCCCCUAAAUAAGAUCUAGUGCAUCCAAUUACCUUCAGAAUUCACAUAAUUAGUUCAAUAAAGUCCACCUGUGUGCAAUCUGUGUCACAUGAUCUCAGUGUAUAUAUACACCUGUUCUGAAAGGCCCCAGAGUCUGCAACACCACUAAGCAAGGGGCACCACCAAGCAAGCGGCACCAUGAAGACCAAGGAGCUCUCCAAACAGGUUAGGGACAAAGUUGUGGAGUACAGAUCAGGGUUGUGUUAUAAAAAAAUAUCUGAAACUUUGAACAUCGGAGCACCAUUAAAUCCAUUAUUAAAAAAUGGAAAGAGUAUGGCACCACAACAAACCUGCCAAGAGAGGGCCGCCCACCAAAACUCACGGACCAGGCAAGGAGGGCAUUAAUCAGAGAGGUAACAAAGAGACCAAAGAUAACCCUGAAGGAGCUGCAAAGCUCCACAACGGAGAUUGGAGUAUCUGUCCAUAGGAGCACUUUAAGCCAUACACUCCACAGACCUGGGCUUUACGGAAGAGUGGCCAGAAAAAAGCCAUUGCUUAAAGAAAACAAAAUAAGCAAACACGUUUGGUGUUCGCCAAAAGGCAUGUGGGAGACUCCCCAAGCAUAUGGAAGAAGGUACUCUGGUCAGAUGAGACUAAAAUUGAGCAAACUGAAUAGUUAUGCAUGCUCAAGUUUUCUGUUUUUUUGUCUCAUUUCACAAUAGAAAAUAUUUUACAUCUUCAAAGUGUUCGGCAUGUUGUAAAUCAAAUUAUACAAACCCCCAAACAAUCAAUUUUAAAUCCAGGUUGUAAGGCAACAAAAUAGGAAAAAUGCCAAGGGGGGUGAAUACUUUCGCAAGCCACUGUAAGAGAACACAGAACACAGCACUGGAAAGAGCCUACUUGUUUGCAGUGACAUGAUCUUCUCACAAAAUUUAUUAUAAUUUGACAGGAAAUAUGCAUCACCAUUUUGAGACAUGAUUCUGCUUUUUGGCACCUACAUAAAGGUAGCCCAUCUUCCAACUCUAUUCUAUUAUUCAGGUUUUCCACCCUGCAAAUGAAAUAAUAAUUACAAUACAAACCCACCCUGCCCUGGUUACAGUCACACACAGGAAACUGCUUCACCAAUUAUCCUACUGCAGAGACGCAAUUAGGUCCAGAUUGAAAUAUACUGUAUCUGAUGCAGUGGUAAUGAUUUCUAAUGAACAUUCAUGGUCAUACUAUAUUUGUCCGCCAAGACUUGUCAGAGUGAUUCUGAUGGAUAUGGAGCAGCAGCGUGAAAGAGAACAACAGGAGUGGUUGACUUAAGCUCUGCUGUUUGUUGAGCUGGGAGGGCAUGUCUGGGAGGGAGCAGGGAGCAGCUCUAGAGAAGGUGAUAACAUGGUAAGUGAGUUAAGACACAGCGAUACUACUGUACCAGGACACUGUGAUAAUAAGUCCAUAAAUAGGGUCAGGAGUGUAUCCCUGACCACGUGACUGACAUGAGGAAAAUCUCUGGUCCUACUGUAAAACUCCUGGCCCUAAUCCUCAACACUGCCAUGUGGGAACACUGGGGCUCGCAUUCAUUUCCUAAAUUCUUUGCAUUUCAGCUCACCUGAAGGUAGAACGUGUCACGCAAUUUACAAACGUUUCAAGCGCACAAAGACUAAGAGAUUUGGCUCCGACUUAGGUGUCUGUCUGUUAGUGGGGAGAGAGUACUCGUCCCCCUAGAUGUUGCAAGUUUUGGGUAUCGUUUUUUGUGUUUGCUUUAAACCCACUACUUUCUGCUCUGCUUGUGUAGCCAGUGCUUCCUUGCUUGAGUAAGAUGGGCAGUGGUAAGAGUAAGUUCAAAAAGGCUAACCAGCUGAGUGUGAAGUUCCGACCUUGCCCUAGGGUGGUUUCACAAUAAAAAUGUAAGAAACUCAUGAGUUUUGUCCUGCUUGCCUGGGGUGGAAACACGCUUAGGCGGCUUUGGCUCAGACCAGUUCGUGUGACUAUUUGUAUUUUAUUACAGAUCCCCAUAUUAGCUGCCGCCAAGGUAGCAGCUACUCUUCCUGGGGUCCAAACAAGAUUAAGGCAAUUAUAUACCAAAUAAAACAGUACAUCACACAAUACAACAUUACACACUACUCUACCACAACAUAUCUACAAUACCGAAUCAUAAUACAGCAGUAUAACAAUAUUACAAUGUACCUGUGUGUAGAGUGUGUGCUAGCAUGCGUGUGCUUAUGCUUGUGUGUGCCUGUGUCUGAAUGUCUCUUCACAGUCUGCGCUGUUCCAUAAGGUGUAGUUUUAUCCAGGGGUUUUUCCUUCUGAUUUUACUGGUUGCUUGAGUUACUUGAUGUGGAAUAGAGUUCCAUGUAGUCAUGGCUCUAUGUAGUACUGUGCGUUUCCCAUAGUCUGUUCGGGACUUGGGGACUGUGAAGAGACCUUUGGUGGAAUGUCUUAUGGGGAAUGCAUGGGUGUCUGAGCUGUGUGCUAGUAGUUUGAACAAACAGCUCAGUUCUUUCAACAUGUCAAUACCUUUCACAAAGACAAGUAAUCAAUCAAUCAAUCAAAUUGUAUUUAUAAAGCCCUUUUUACAUUGGCAGAUGUCACAAAGUGCUAUACAGAAACCCAGCCUAAAACUCCAAACAGCAAGCAAUACAGAUGUAGAAGCACGGUGGCUAGGGAAAAACUCCCUAGAAAGGCAGAAACCUAGAGAGGAACCAGGCUCUGAGGGGUGGCCAGUCCCCUUCUGGCUGUGCCGGGUGGAGAUUAUAACAGUACAUGGCCAUUAAGGACAGAUUUUUCUCCAAGAUGUUUAAACGUUCAUAGAUGACCAGCAGGGUAAAAUAAUAAUCACAGAGGUUGCAACAGGUCAGUACAUCAGGAGUAAACGUCACUUGGCUUUUCAUAGCCGGGCAUUUAGAGGUUGAAAUAGCAGGUGUGGUAGAGAGAGAGAGUUGAAAACAGCAUGUCUGGGACAAGGUAGCACGUCCGGUGAACAGGUCAGGGUUCCAUAGCCGCAGGCAGAAGAGUGGAAACUGGAGCAGCAGCAUGACCAGGUGGACUGGGGACAGCAAGGAGUCAUCAGGCCAGGUAGUCCUGAGGCAUGAUCCUAGGGCUCAGGUCCUCCGGGAUGGGAGGGAGAGAGGGUGAUGCAGACAAUCUCUCCUCAACUUUGAGCCAGGAGAGAUUGACAUGCAUGCUAUUGAAGUUAACUCUCUCGUGUACAUUUUAAGGCCUAGCUGUGCUGCUCUGUUCUGGGCCAACUGUAAUUUGCCUAUGUCCCUCUUUGUGGCAGUGGACCAUAUGACUGGGCAGUAGUCCAGGGGCGACAAAACUAACUUGUUUUGUUGAUAACAAUGUCAAGAAAGUAGAGCAGCGCUUUAUUACGGACAGACCUUUCCCCAUUUUAGCUACCGUUGCAUCAAUAUGUUUUGACCAUGACAGUUUAUAAUACAGGGUUACACCAAGCAGUUUAGUCUCCUCAACUUGCUCAAUUUCCACAUUAUUCAUUACAAGAUUUAGUUGAGGUUUAGUGAAUGUUUUGUCCCAAAUACAAUGCUUUUAGUUUUUGAAAUAUUUAGGACUAGUUUAUUUCUUGCCACCCAUUCUACAACUGACUGCAGCUCUUUGUUAACUGUUGCAGUGAUUUCACUUGCUGUGGUAGCUGACGUGUAUAGUGUUGAGUCAUCACCAUACAUAGACACAAAGGCUUUACUCGGUGCUGGUGGAAGGACAUUAGUAAAGAUUGACAAAAUAAGGGGCCUAGCCAGCUGCCCUGGGGAAUGCUUAACUCUACCUGGAUUAUGUUGGAGAAUGCUCCUAGAAAAAUGUAGGAUUCUAGCUUUAUUAACUCCAAUAUCUUUCAUUGUGCUCCUACAUUUCUUUGUGUACGCCUACAUUUUCCAACUUAGGCACACACGUGCUCCUUGUAAAAAAAGGUUUGGCUCCGCUAUGGAGUCCUUACAUGCCCAUUUCGAGGAGAAACAAAAAUACGACGCAGCUCUACAGGUCCUUGUCCCAUGAAAAUCCUUUGCGGCGGUGGCUCGUCAGUUCCCGGGGCGUGAAGGAAAGGGUCUCGGUCAUAGGCGGGUUGCCCCGGGCCAGGGGGUGGCUUCGAGGUCUGUUUUUGACAGUCUUGGUGCUUCUGGGCAGCGGUGGAUGUCUUGGCACAGACUCUGUGCUGAAUCGAAGGGGAGCGGGGUUCUUCUGCUGCAUGGGGGAAGAAGCAAACCUGGAGGCCGGGAGAGGGGGGCGUGUUCUCGGGGCCCUCCUCCCCAAGCAUUUACUGUGGCAACAGUGCUCCCAUGUGGCUUGGUCAAUUGGGGCAAGUUACUGGUCGCCGAAGUCCCUGAACCCGGUGUGGGCCUGGUAUCAGAGCGGUGGUACCACGAAAGUACAUUGUUUCUACCCAAGAUUCCUCUGUGUUCAGGGGUAUCGAAAGUGCGUUUUCGUCCAGGUUAGUGUUGCGCUGUAUACCGGUACCACGGUAAUAUCACAUUACCAAAACAUCAUGAUACUUAUGAUACCAACAUUUUAGAGUACGGUUUCAUAUACUACCAAAUUUUUUGGCCCUACCGAUCUAAAGAACCCACUGGCGCCUGUUAUAAAAUGUUUCUAUAAAGUCAGUAAAAAAAAGAAGCAACAGCAGCUAGUCUCUUGUGUGCACCAGUCCAAUAAUGUCCACUUCACUUUCAUGCGCAUAUCACAUGUGGCAGCUGUAAUCAGCCAGCCGCAUCCCCUUCCAGCCAUCACUCACCUGCUUCUCUCCGUCCACGCUUCCUGCUCAUUUAUUCCUCCAGCUUUAAAAAUGUAAUUUAGCCGUGAUGGCGAGCGGUGAUGCAGACCCUGAUCAGUCUUCUGUUGUUACAUAUGUACAUUUGAUACAUUGGAGCAGCACGGAGAGCGAGCAAAGUUGAUACAUUGUAUAUCAUUUCAUCCCUGGUAUAACCAGUGCACAGGCCAGUCUGAGGAGGCUUUGCAAGUUCAUAUGACCAUACAACCGGAGCAACUUUUUUUUCUUCUUCCUGCACGAUUUCGAUAUAAUUUCACAAACCAUGUCACAAGCCAUUUAAAACUAAUCACGGUAUGAUAAUUAUUGGUUUGAUAACAAACAACGUUGUUCAGUCAUGUUACCUAGCUAGCUAACAAUGUGGUAACUUGACAGUAGGUCUAGGCAAUUUUUCAUUGGCACUAGAAGAAAAGGAAAAGGGUCUGCUUCUCAUGAGAUGUGCUUCAAAGGUAGGAUUCAUAUAGGCCUAAUGUAAGCCUUAACUAUAUCAAACAUUUAUUUUUGGUGAUCCUUACUUUGUUAGGUGCCUAACGUUUGUAAAGUUGGGAGCAGUGUGUGUGUGAGAGGGGGAGAGUGUGUGUGUGUGUGUGUUACAACUGAAGAGUAAAGAAGGUUUCAUGCAGUGUUUUCCCUUGCUGCCACAAUGACAUGCAGUUCAUUAUGCAUGUAUAUUCCUUCGUUCCUUAUGCAUGUAUAUUCCUUCCAAAUAUGAGCAAAUCAGGCAUUCUAUGCAGUAUUAUAGUGAACAGUGAGCAAGCACGGUUACAUGCACACAAUAAUGCGAUUUAUUGUGGAUAGGCGGGUUAAUAUAUUAGUUCAUUUAAAACGUUGACAUGCUUUGCAAGAAGAACGAUUUCCCUAAUAAUCCUGUUUACAUGGACACAUCUGAAAUCAGGCUACCUGAUGGGAAUUUUGAUAAAUGCAGAAAAUCGUCUAUCAAAAUAAACGUUCUACCACAGUGACCAUGUUAUUUUUGAGGUCGGACAUAUAAAGUUUGUAUGUGAUGCAUACUUUCAGUUUUUCCGAACUCACUUCACUUGCGCAAAAGAGGUAGGCUUGCGCUACCCAAUGCUGACACAUGCGCAGAUCAAAUACACUGCUGAAACGGCGAUUUAAACUAUUUACAUGUCCUAAUAAUUUGAAAGAUUGCUCAGAAAAUCUGGUGUUUUAAUGACUGUACGCCAAUUUAAGAUAAGCAAAGUAAGGUGUUUACAUGACUAAUGCCAUACUUGGCCUUCUGCCAUAGGCUAAUCAGUUUAAUAUCAAAUUAUUAUUGUGCAUGUAAACAUUCAGUGUGACGUUAAAUUCGACGCUAGGCCACUGAAUAUUCCCCCGUGAUAUCGUGACACUACUCUGUAUUUUGAUACUUGGCCUGGUAUCGUAUCGUAACUAAAAUGUUGGUACCUAAUCCAGGGGUGGGCAUAAUAAACACAGUUCCUUCCCCACAUUGACACACGGUUAUCAAGAAUGGUGGAUAUGAAAAGAAGCAUGACCCCCAAAAAAAUUAAUUAUCUCAGUCCUCAGGGUGGCGCUCUGCCCCUUCAGGAGAUAAUGUAUGGAGACUGGCAGCAUGCUCUGUCCAGUGGUGGGCAUGUGCAGUUUCACCAUUGGUGAUGAUGACGAGGGGGUACGGUCUGCAGUUCGCUGUGCUUCCUCCUCCUUUUUGUGGCAUCAUUACAUCGAUGGUCCCCAAGGUCCUAGUGCCUGUCUCAAGAGAGGAGAUUUCCUUUCUACUUCAAAAGCAGGCUAUUCGUGUGGUCCCUGUGUCAGAAGUACAGAGUGGUUGGUACAGCCGGUAUUUCUUAGUUCCCAAAGCGAUGGAACGUCCUCGACUUGCGGCACCUCAAGGUUUGCAAGUUCAAAAUGCUCACACUUCGCAAGCUAUUGCAGUCGGUGCGUCCCAGCGAUUGGUUCACGUCCAUAGAGGUGAAGGAUACGUAUUUUCAUGUAGAUAUACAUUCUUCCCACAGGACGUUUCUUAGGUUUCAUUUAGAGGGUGUGGCCUACGAGUUUCUGGUCCUGCCUUUCAGGCUCUCCCUAUCGCCCCACACCUUUUCUAUGAUGGUGGAGGCAGCUUUGGGAUCAGAGUAUUGGCCUAUCUCGACAAUUGUCUGGUCGUAGCGGCGUUGAGGGAACACGUGUGGCGCGCCACACUGCCACGCUGGUUUCCCAUAUUUAGUCUCUGGGGUUCAUAGUGAAUCACAAGAAAAAUUGUUUGACUCCGGCUCAGCACUUUCAGUUUCUGGGUCUCGUUCUGGACUCGGUUCUGAAUCAUGUGUUUUUCUCCCAACAGAGGGUCUCAUUUCGGCUCUGUCUGUCACGUUUUCAGCUGGGGCACUGAGUGCCUUUUCACUUGUGCCUGCAGUUAUUGGGUAUGAUGGCCUCUGAUAGCUGUGGUGACUCUGGGAGUUUUUUGUUGAUGCGUCUGUUUCAGCGCUGGGUGAUUGCUACGCAUCUGGAUGCUUGGAGGGACUCGCGACUGCUGUUGCUGGGGGUUAUCAUGAGCAGGGGAGUGUCCCGCAGGGUGAUCUUGACAGACGCAUCCUUACUGGGAUGGGGAGAGCUGUGUGUGGGCUACUCGGAAAGAGGGAUUUGGUUGCGCUGCAUAACAAUUACCUAGAGCUACUGACUGUUUUGCUAGCGUUGAGGCGUUGCCUUCGGAUGUUUGAGGAUCCGACAACAGGAUGGCAGUGGCAUACAUCAACAGGCAGGGGGGGACGCGCUCUCGCUCUCCUAAACCAUGCCCAUUAUCUGCUCAUAUGGAGCAGUGUGAAUUUCCUGUCGCUCAGGGCGACGUAUCUUACCAGAUCUCUCAACGUGGGUGCGGAUCUACUUCUCUACGGAGUGGCAACUGCACCCUUCGGUGGUUGCCCAGAUAUGGGACCGGUUCAUCAGGGCUGAUGUAGAUCUUUAUGCAUUGCGAGAAAACACGCAUUGUGAUCUGUUCUUCUCAAUGAUGGAUCUGGGCCCUCCAUUGGGAACGGAUGCUUUGGUGUAUCCGUGGCCUCGGACCAUGCUCUAUGCGUUUCCUCCGGUGGACCUGAUUCAUGCCACCAUGGCGAGGGUCCGACAGAAGGGUCUGUUGUUGAUUCUGGUGGCUCCCCUUUGGUGCAGACAACCCUGGUUCCCGGAGAUCAUCCCCCUGUUGGUCGGGGACCCGUGGAGGGUUCCGUGUCGUCGGGAUCUAUUAUCCCAGGCGCAUGGGAGAGAUAUGAGAUCUGUGUGUUUGGCCCCUGAAAGGUUGAAUUUGACGCCUAGGGGUUUACCCGCUCUAACGGGAUUUACGACGAUAUAAUCGGCGGGUGCGUCCUCUACUAGAGGAUUGUAUACAUCUAAGUCGUGUGCGUUUGAGGGUUGGUUUCUCCUUUUCAGAGCUCUUUGGUGGACAUUUUUAUGUUACAAUAGCUUUUCAAGCAGGGCCUUUAUUUUUCCACAUUUUAAGGUUUAUAAGGGAGAUAUCUUGGCAUGUCUCGUAGGGAUUGACGCUCUACUCCGGGGUAUCAUCCUCUGGUGGUGCGGUUCCUGAAAGGUGUGCGCCUGCUCAGACCAGUGUCUAAGCCUAUGGCACCGACCUGGGACCAGGCUUUGGUCCUCGACACUCUGUGUGAGCCACCAUUGGCAUCUGUGGACCUGAAGGUCCUUUCCUACAAGCCUGCCCUAUUCAUGGCCUUGGCAUCAGUCAAGUGUGUUGGGGAUCUCCACACACUUAUCAGUACACACUUCCUGUUUGGAGUUCGCGCCUGGCGACUCAAGUGAUGUUAUGUCCUAAUGCAGCUUUUGCUCCCAAGGUCUUACAGGUUUGAGCUGUUCCCUGUCUCACCUCCUCCGCUUGCUUCCAGUGAACAACGGAGGUAGCAUGACCUGUGUCCGGUGUGCGCUUUACGCACGUAUAUGGAUAGGACCAAGGAUAUCUGCGUUUGUGACCAGCUUUUUGUCUGUUUCGCUAAUCCAGCUUUCUAAGCAGCGUCUUUCUAAUUGGCUUAUGACAGCAAAGGACAAGGGUUUCCUAGCGUUGUGCACGGUCACUCCACUAUGGGUGUGGCGGCUUCUUGGGCAUUGUUCAGGGGCAUGACGAUUGGUGAUAUCUUGCUGCACCGAGUUGGGGUUCCUCACAUGCCUGUGUGAGGUUUUAUCGCUUAGAUGUAACUGCUCCCAGUGUGGCUCAUAGUGUUCUUAUGGCUGGUUCCGGGAGUGGGUGUUAGGCAGUGCGCAAGUUAUCCAGGUUACCAAUGUUCACUGUGAGUUUGAGCCUUGGGCUGCCGUGGCAGCGCGCGAGUACACAGUUUCUAGUUUAUUGCAGGAACCUGUGGGUUUGAGCCUCGGGCUGCCGUGGUUCAUCGGCUCUGGUCAAUGCUAUGCAGCACGCGUGUGCAUGUUUACCAAGUUCCCUAUAUGGUGCUCUGACAGUUCAGGCGUCAUAAGGCUCUGACCCCUUUUUGGAGCCUGUGGAACGUGUGCUUGGGCUGCCAUGGGCCUCCUAGUUUGGUACCCUCUUAGCCGUCUUGUGGGGUGAUUGUAUGUUCCUAUAGUAUGUUAUACAGUGACCGACUGAAAGGGAACGUACAGUUGUGAAUAUAACUACUGUUCCCUGAAGGAGGGAAUGAGGUAUACAUAUUUUAGCCCCACGCCGUCAGGUACUGAAUUGAGGAAAGGAAUGCGAGCCCCAGUAUUAUAGCCAGGAAGGUGGGGCUUCCGAGGGCGGUCUUGGCAUCCGUUGGGCUGAUUUCAGUUUUCUUCAGGUGAAUAUGAUUUGUCGUUGACUCCCUAUAGUAUGUUAUAGUGUGGUGAGGAGGAGUGUAGUGUGUCCGGAAGCGAAUUCACCAUUCAUUUUCGGUGUACAGGGUUCACUCAAACAUCGCUUUACUUUACUAUUGCCAGUUACAGCUGAUUUGGGGAUUGUAUAUCAAUUUGCUCUCCUUAAAUAUGUCAUCUGAUUUAUUCAUUUCAGUCUCUGAAUUGUUUAAUCAAACUUUCCGCCGCCAGUGCCUGAUAUCAGGACAUAGAAACUACAAUCUGUCUCCUGAAUUAGCCUAGUGUGCAUGUGUGCCCAGCUGGCACACACAAACACUAGGCCCAAGCUAGUUUUCUUCGGUUUUCCCUGGCUAAACUAGCUGGCUAGCUGACUUCAUAAAUACUGCACCCUCAACUUCAAAACUCAUUUGCUAGCUAUACAAUCAUGUAACUAAAAAUUUACUGGAAAGAAACUUGAAAAUUAUGUAUUGUUUUGUUGAAUAGUCAUGACUGGUUCAAGAUAGGAUAUCGUUACUACUUAAAGCGGAUCCAAGUUCAGUUUUUGAGAUCCACCGGCAUCAUUGUCGUAGGGUUAGCUGGACGUUUCUGACUGGUCUUGGAGCUGUGACAACGGGUAGCCUCUCCCCUCUUAGCUCGAUGGGAUACAUAGUGAUUUUGCCAACACAUAAACAUAUGUACACAGUCUUGUACCCUUAACCUUUUUUCAACUGACUAUCAUAUUUUUUUAUUUAAAUCAGACUUUACUAAUAUGAGUAAUCCAGGAAUGUCACGAGUUAAUUGACACGAGAAAACUUGAGAAAAAAGCAACUGUACAGAUCGCAAUGGCUAAAUUAUUUCCGGACACUAAGAGUCCGCGGAGCUUGUCCUCAUCACCAAUCUACAGUGCCUUGCAAAAGUAUUCAUCCCCCUUGGCAUAUUUUUUCCUAUUUUGUUGCAUUACAACCUGUAAUUUAAAUUGAUUUUUAUUUGGAUUUCAUGUAAUAGACAUACACAAAAUAGUCCAAAUUGGUGAAGUAAAAUGAAAAAAAUAAAGUUAAAAAAAGUCAAAAAAUAACGGAAAAUUGGUGCGUGCAUAUGUAUUCACCCCCUUUGCUAUGAAGCCCCUAAAUAAGAUCUGGUGGAACCAAUUACCUUCAGAAGUCACAUAAUUAAUUGUACACAGGUGGACUUUAUUUAAGUGUCACAUGAUCUGUCAUAUGAUCUCAGUAUAUAUACACCUGUUCUGAAUGGCCCCAGAGUCUGCAACACCACUAAGCAAGGGGCACCACCAAGCAAGCGGCACCAUGAAGACCAAGGAGCUCUCCAAACAGGUCAGCGACAAAGUUGUGGAGAAGUACAGAUCAGGGUUUGGUUGUAAUUUAUUUUAGCAGAAACCUUGAACAUCCCACAGAGCACCAUUAAAUCCAUUAUUAAACAAUUUAAAGAAUAUGGCAGCACAACAAACCUGCCAAGAGAGGGCUGCCCACCAAAACUCACGGACCAAGCAAGGAGGGCAUUAAUCAGAGAGGCAACAAAGCUCCACAGCAGAGAUUUUAGUAUCUGUCCAUAGGACCACUUUAAGCCGUACACUCCACAGAGCUGGGCUUUACGGAAGAGUGGCCAGAAAAAGCCAUUGCUUAAAGAAAAAAAUAAGCAAACACGUUUGGUGUUCGCCAAAAGGCAUGUGGGAGACUCCCCAAACAUAUGGAAGAAGGUACUCUGGUCAGAUGAGACUAAAAUUGAGCUUUUUGGCCAUCAAGGAAAACGCUAUGUCUGGCGCAUACCCAACACCUCUCAUCACCCCGAGAACACCAUCCCCACAGUGAAGCGUGGUGGCAGCAUCAUGCUGUGGGGAUGUUUUUCAUCGGCAGGGACUGGGAAACUGGCCAGAAUUAAAGGAAUGAUGGAUGGCGCUAAAUACAGGGAAAUUCUUGAGGGAAACCUGUUUCAGUCUUCCAGAGAUUUGAGACUGGGACGGAGGUUCACCUUCCAGCAGGACAAUGACCCUAAGCAUACUGCUAAAGCAACACUCGAGUGAUUUAAGGGGAAACAUUUAAAUGUCUUGGAAUGGCCUAGUCAAAGCCCAGACCUCAAUCCAAUUGAGAAUCUGUGGUAUGACUUAAAGAUUGUUGUACACCAGCGGAACCCAUCCAACUUGAAGGAGCUGGAGCAGUUCUGCCUUGAAGAAUGGGCAAACAUCCCAGUGGGGGGGGGGAGUGAAUAGUUAUGCACGCUCAAGUUUUCUGUUUUUUUGUCUUAUUUCUUGUUUGUUUCACAAGAAAAAAUAUUUUGCAUCUUCAAAGUGGUAGGUAUGUUGUGUAAAUCAAAUGAUACAAACCCCCCCCAAAAAUCAAUUUUCAUUCCAGGUUGUAAGGCAACAAAAUAGGAAAAAUACCAAGGGGGGUGAAUACUUUCGCAAGCCACUGUAUACCUCAAUUCUUCCUUAAGGGAACAGUAGUUAACUGUCCGUUUUCCCUUUUAUGAACCUCUCUCUGUCUUAUGAAACUGUCCAAAGUCAUAUUUUGUAUAGCUCCCCAGGGCUGCGACUGAACACUAGGUUAAAUUGAUCUGAACUCAACAUUAUAUUUCAAUUACUCUUCUGAUUAUUGAGGUAAUUAACAGUGGCCCUCUGAGCUCUGCUCAUUCACUCCUCCCUCUCUCGCUCUUUCCUUCUUUCUCUCUUUCCUUCUCUCCCCCUCUCUCUUGCCCUAAGCCACAGAGGAGACACAGCACAGUAUAAAUACAGUGAGCCAUGUAGACAUCUCAUUUUCAACUCAGUUGGUUUUAUUGGCCUGACAAAAAAUGGUCCUGCCCUGGUGCCAACGUGUACACAACAAUACGUCUUCAAUCUUUUACUUUUACUUUCUGAAUCUCUCACAGUCCCUCACUCCCCCCUCCCCCCCAGCCACUUCUCGUGCCCACUACAAUGGAGGGAGAGUAAAAAGAGGUGCUCCAAGCAGAACACGAGAAUGGAGACAUGCAUAAAUAACAAUAACACCAGGUUCAGAACUUUUGUAAAACAUCACAGUACAGUUGAAAAAUAUAUGGCAAAUAGAAAUCCAAUAUGGAUGGUGUUAAGAGAUAGAUGGGUGGUGUUGAAUGGAGUUGAAGGAUGGGACUAAUAACAACUAACAACAACUAAUAACAACAAGAUAACUAAUAAUGUAAGCAUACUGUGUCCAUAAUAAGUAUAUAGGUUAUAGGUUGAGAGCUUUUGUGAAAGAGCACCGUUAGAAAGAUAUGGCAUAUAGAAGCAAACCGGAUGGACAUCAUGAAAAUGAUCGGAGAGGUUGAGGGUAGAGGAAGUUCAGGAGUAAAAACAAACAAAAUAGAAUUAUUGUAAAAUUGACUGUGUCCAUAAAAUGUAUAUAGUAUGUAUAAGCUGGAAGUAGAGGCCUAAGCAUUGUUGUUCACUAGUUUACUCCAAUUAGGGAAGGGGUGGUGGGGUUGGAAAGUAAUAAAGGGAAAUAUAUUUUAAAGAGGGAAUUAGGUAUUUGAUCCCCUGCUGAUUUUGUACGUUUGCCCACUGACAAAGACAUGAUCAGUCUAUAAUUUUAAUGGUAGUUUUAUUUGAACAGUGAGACAGAAUAACAACAAAAAAAUCCAGAAAAACGCAUGUCAAAAAUGUUGUAAAUAGAUUUGCAUUUUAAUGAGGGAAAUAAGUAUUUGACCCCUCUGCAAAACAUUACUUAGUACUUGGUGGCAAAACCCUUGUUGGCAAUCACGGAGGUCAGAUGUUUCUUGUAGUUGGCCACCAGGUUUACACACAUCUCAGGAGGGAUUUUGUCCCACUCCACUUUGCAGAUCUUCUCCAAGUCAUUAAGGUUUCGAGGCUGACGUUUGGCAACUCGAACCUUCAGCUCCCUCCACAGAUUUUCUAUGGGAUUAAGGUCUGGAGACUGGCUAGGCCACUCCAGGACCUUAAUGUGCUUCUUCUUGAGCCACUCCUUCGUUGCCCGGGCGGUGUGUUUGGGAUCAUUGUCAUGCUGAAAGACCCAGCCACGUUUCAUCUUCAAUGCCCUUGCUGAUGGAAGGAGGUUUUCACUCAAAAUCUCACGAUACAUGGCCCCAUUCAUUCUUUCCUUUACACGGAUCAAUCGUCCUGGUCCCUUUGCAGAAAAACAGCCCCAAAGCAUGAUGUUUCCACCCCCAUGCUUCACAGUAGGUAUGGUGUUCUUUGGAUGCAACUCAGCAUUCUUUGUCCUCCAAACACGACGAGUUGAGUUUUUACCAAAAAGUUCUAUUUUGGUUUCAUCUGACCAUAUGACAUUCUCCCAAUCCUCUUCUGGAUCAUCCAAAUGCACUCUAGCAAACUUCAGACGGGCCUGGACAUGUACUGGCUUAAGCAGGGGGACACGUCUGGCACUGCAGGAUUUGAGUCCCUGGCGGCGUAGUGUGUUACUGAUGGUAGGCUUUGUUACUUUGGUCCCAGCUCUCUGCAGGUCAUUCACUAGGUCCCCCCGUGUGGUUCUGGGAUUUUUGCUCACCAUUCUUGUGAUCAUUUUGACCCCACGGGGUGAGAUCUUGCGUGGAGCCCCAGAUCGAGGGAGAUUAUCAGUGGUCUUGUAUGUCUUCCAUUUCCUAAUAAUUGCUCCCACAGUUGAUUUCUUCAAACCAAGCUGCUUACCUAUUGCAGAUUCAGUCUUCCCAGCCUGGUGCAGGUCUAAAAUUUUGUUUCUGGUGUCCUUUGACAGCUCUUUGGUCUUGACCAUAGUGGAGUUUGGAGUGUGACUGUUUGAGGUUGUGGACAGGUGUCUUUUAUACUGAUAACAAGUUCAAACAGGUGCCAUUAAUACAGGUAACGAGUGGAGGACAGAGGAGCCUCUUAAAGAAGAAGUUACAGGUCUGUGAGAGCCAGAAAUCUUGCUUGUUUUUAGGUGACCAAAUACUUAUUUUCCACCAUAAUAUGCAAAGAAAUUCAUUAAAAAUCCUACAAUGUGAUUUUCUGGAGAAAAAAAAAUCUCUGUCUGUCAUAGGUAACCUGUACCUAUGAUGAAAAUUACAGGCCUCUCUCAUCUUUUUAAGUGGGAGAACUUGCACAAUUGGUGGCUGACUAAAUACUUUUCCCCCCCCACUGUGUGUAUAUAUAUAUAUAUAUAUAUAUGUAUAUAUGUAUGUAUGUGAGAGAAAAAAAACAUAUGGGGGAUUGGAAGUGAUGCAGACAAUUACAUUGAUGGAAGUUACAAUCUAUCUGCAAUAUUAAAGCUGAUCUACCCCCUAAAAAAAAAAAAAAAAAAAAAAACUAACACCACACUCAGAAGAGGUAUUCUUUUUCUGAGGGUGUAUGAGGUUACGAGCGUGUGUGUGUGUGUUGGCAUGGCUUGCCGGCUUGUCAGGCUGAUGUAGUGUUUAAACUGGGACAAGUGAGAGCGGCGAGCUACAUGGGUUUGCUGCUGGCUAGUGUAAAUAUUAUGGUGAUUUGGCUCAGGAGUUGUCCUGUUUUGUCAGAGAGAGACAGAACACAGGGUCUUAGUUUCAGCCCUGUUCCCACUGCUGGCUCUGUCCUGGUCCCUGUCAUCAUGGCUGACGAUGGGCCUCAGAGACCUGGCCCUUAACCAUACUCUGAGGCCCUCCUCUGUCCUUUGCUCCUUCCCUUUACAGGGUAGGCGGGCCCGCUCAGCCAGUUUUUCAGGCUCUGUGGUGGCUGAAAGCUCCUGGCACAGCCGUGCGUUUGAGAAGGUUCACACACACUACUGAGCCUGUGUGUGUGCGUGCGUGUGUCUUUUGAACGUGGCAUUUUACCACACACACACAGAGAGCCACUAUGGAGCUUUUGUGCACGUGUUUAUGCAAGCGCGCUUGUGCGUGUACACGUAUCCCCUCAGUUCCACUACUCACAGACCUGCAGGUAGGGUAACGCUCUGUGUGUGUGUGGUAAAACGCUGAAAUGUGGCCUGCAGCCUUUUGUUGAUCCUUGUGUAAAAAAGCAUGAUGCAAGCAAUCUAAUAGUAUUUUUUUAGUGUGCAGUAGCUGUAGACCUUUGGUAUAAUUGUAGGGAUAGGCCUAAUGGCGGAGUACUUGGAGUGGGUUUGCAACUUGCAUAUUUGUUUGUUAGUUAGGCCCAUCUCUGCCCUUGCAACAUACAGUUGAAGUCGGAAGUUUACAUACACCUUAGCCAAAUACACUGCUCAAAAAAAUAAAGGGAACACUAAAAUAACACAUCCUAGAUCUGAAUGAAUGAAAUAAUCUUAUUAAAUACUUUUUUCUUUAGGUCUGGAUUUGGAGUCGCUCUCAAAAUUAAAGUGGAAAACCACACUACAGGCUGAUCCAACUUUGAUGUAAUGUCCUUAAAACAAGUCAAAAUGAGGCUCAGUAGUGUGUGUGGCCUCCACGUGCCUGUAUGACCUCCCUACAACGCCUGGGCAUGCUCCUGAUGAGGUGGUGGAUGGUCUUCUGAGGGAUCUCCUCCCAGACCUGGACUAAAGCAUCCGCCUACUCCUGGACAGUCUGUGGUGCAACGUGGCGUUGGUGGAUGGAGCGAGACAUGAUGUCCCAGAUGUGCUCAAUUGGAUUCAGGUCUGGGGAACGGGCAGGCCAGUCCAUAGCAUCAAUGCCUUCCUCUUGCAGGAACUGCUGACACACUCCAGCCACAUGAGGUCUAGCAUUGUCUUGCAUUAGGAGGAACCCAGGGCCAACCGCACCAGCAUAUGGUCUCACAAGGGGUCUGAGGAUCUCAUCUCGGUACCUAAUGGCAGUCAGGCUACCUCUGGUGAGCACAUGGAGGGCUGUGCGGCCCCCCAAAGAAAUGCCACCCCACACCAUGACUGACCCACCACCAAACCGGUCAUGCUGGAGGAUGUUGCAGGCAGCAGAACGUUCUCCACGGCGUCUCCAGACUCUGUCACGUCUGUCACAUGUGCUCAGUGUGAACCUGCUUUCAUCUGUGAAGAGCACAGGGCGCCAGUGGCGAAUUUGCCAAUCUUGGUGUUCUCUGGCAAAUGCCAAACGUCCUGCACGGUGUUGGGCUGUAAGCACAACCCCCACCUGUGGACGUCGGGCCAUCAUACCACCCUCAUGGAGUCUGUUUCUGACCGUUUGAGCAGACACAUGCACAUUUGUGGCCUGCUGGAGGUCAUUUUGCAGGGCUCUGGCAGUGCUCCUCCUUGCAUAAAGGUGGAGGUAGCAGUCCUGCUGCUGGGUUGUUGCCCUCCUACGGCCUCCUCCACGUCUCCUGAUGUACUGGCCUGUCUCCUGGUAGCGCCUCCAUGCUCUGGACACUACGCUGACAGACACAGCAAACCUUCUUGCCACAGCUCGCAUUGAUGUGCCAUCCUGGAUGAGCUGCACUACCUGAGCCACUUGUAUGGGUUGUAGACUCCGUCUCAUGCUACCACUAGAGUGAAAGCACCGCCAGUAUUCAAAAGUGACCAAAACAUCAGCCAGGAAGCAUAGGAACUGAGAAGUGGUCUGUGGUCACCACCUGCAGAACCACUCCUUUAUUGGGGGUGUCUUGCUAUUUGCCUAUAAUUUCCACCUGUUGUCUAACCAUUUGCAUAACAGCAUGUGAAAUGUAUUGUCAAUCAGUGUUGCUUCCUAAGUGGACAGUUUGAUUUCACAAAAGUGUGAUUGACUUGGAGUUACAUUGUGUUGUUUAAGUGUUCCCUUUAUUUUUUUGAGCAGUGUACAUUUAAACUCAGUUUUUCACAAUUCCUGACAUUUAAUCCUAAUAAGAAUUCCCUGUCUUAGGUCAGUUAGGAUCACCACUUUAUUUUAAGAAUGUAAAAUGUCAGAAUAAUAGUAGAGAGAAUGAUUUAUUUCAGCUUUUAUUUCUUUCAUCACAUUCCCAGUGGGUCAGAAGUUUACAUACACUCAAUAAGUAUUUGGUAGCAUUGCCUUUAAAUUGUUUAACUUGGGUCAAACGUUUCGGGUAGCCUUCCACAAGCUUCCCACAAUAAGUUGGGUGAAUGUUGGCCCAUUCCUCCUGACAGAGCUGGUGUAACUGAGUCAGGUUUGUAGGCCUCCUUGCUCGCGCAUGCUUUUUCAGUUCUGCCCAUACAUUUUCUAUAGGUUGAGGUCAGGGCUUUGUGAUGGCCACUCCAAUACCUUGACUUUGUUGUCCUUAAGCCAUUUUGCCACAACUUUGGAAGUAUGCUUGGGGUCAUUGUCCAUUUGGAAGACCCAUUUGCGACCAAGCUUUAACUUCCUAACUGAUGUCUUGAGAUGUUGCUUCAAUAUAUCCACAUCAUUUUCCUUCCUCAUGAUGCCAUCUAUUUUGUGAAGUGCACCAGUCCCUCCUGCAGCAAAGCACCCCCACAGCAUGAUGCUGCCACCCCCGUGCUUCACGGUUGGGAUGGUGUUCUUCGGCUUGCAAGUUUCCCCCCUUUUCCUCCAAACAUAAUGAUGGUUAUUAUGGCCAAACAGUUCUAUUUUUGUUUCAUCAGACCAGAGGACAUUUCUCCAAAAUGUACGAUCUUUGUCCCCAUGUGCAGUUGCAAACUGUAGUCUGGCUUUUUUAUGGCGGUUUUGGAGCUGUGGCAUCUUCCUUGCUGAGCGGCCUUUCAGGUUAUGUCGAUAUAGGACUAAUUUUACUGUGGAUAUAGAUACUUUUGUACCUGUUUCCUCCAGCAUCUUCACAAGGUCCUUUGCUGUUGUUCUGGGAUUGAUUUGCACUUUUCGCACCAAAGUACGUUCAUCUCUAGGAGACAGAACGCGUCUCCUUCCUGAGUGGUAUGACGGCUGCGUGGUCCCAUUUUGUUUAUACUUGCGUACUAUUGUUUGUACAGAUGAACGUGGUACCUUCAGGCGUUUGGAAAUUGCUCCCAAGGAGUGUGGAGGUCUUCAAUGUUUUUUCUGAGGUCUUGGCUGAUUUCUUUUGAUUUUCCCAUGAUGUCAAGCAAAGAGGCACUGAGUUUGAAGGUAGGCCUUGAAAUACAUCCACAGGUACACCUCCAAUUGACUCAAAUGAUUUUCUGGAAUUUUCCAAGCUGUUUAAAGGCACAGUCAACUUAGUGUAUGUAAACUUCUGACCCACUGGAAUCGUGAUACAGUGAAUUAUAAGUGAAAUAAUCUGUAUGUAAACAAUUGUUGGAAAAAUUACUUGUCAUGCACAAAGUAGAUGUCCUAGCCUACUUGCCAAAACUAUAGUUUGUUAACAAGGAAUGUGUGGAGUGGUUGAAAAACGAGUUUUAAUGACUCCAACCUAAGUGUAUGUAAACUUUCGACUUCAACUGUAUCUUUGUAUUGAUAUCAUCGGAUGAGAGUGUAUGUGUGUGUGUGUGUGUGUGUAAAUGAAGGUUGUGUGUGUGUGUGAGUGAGUGAGUGAGUGCUGGAUCCGGCUUGUGUCUUAGCUGGCAGUGCAAGCUUGUCACAUUGACACACUUCCACAUCUGUUCCUAGCUGACAGGCCUGCAUUGUCCACAUCCCCUCUGCUCUACUAACACACAGCCCAAACACUAUUGACCUGGCUAGGAUUGCACACCGAGGACAGUGACAUUCCUAACUAGAUAUCCAUUCAUUGGAACAGGAAUUUUCACACAAUUAUCCCAUAAGAUUCAGUCAGGAGAGCUAGAGGAUUUCAUUCUCUUUCUCUCACUCACUUUCUCUCUCACUCACUCACUCACUCACACACCGUCUGCCCUCACACCGUCUGCACUCUUAAGAAAUGAGCCCAGCCAGACUCCAUGGUCUGAGCCAUAAUUGAGUUGCUCCAACCCUGACACGAACAUGCAGUCCACAGUGCCUGAGCAGCCUGGGCUGCAGUGAUAAGGGACAGGUGACUCUGUUGGCCACCAACCCAUCCUCUGUAGUCAGGCAGAAUUGGGCUGCUGCCAAUGAGAUAACUGUGUGUGUGUGUGCCUCUAGCCCGCCCCCCCAGAAGAAUCCCCUCUCACUCGCUGGACCUUUACGAAAGACCUGUGUAAGCUCCCCUCAGCCUCAGAAGAUUAAUGCUAUUUAGCCAAGAAAGCUGUGAAAGACACACACACACACACAUACACCAAAAAUACACCCACACAUACCGCUCAUACAAACAUGCAAACAGAACAGACACCACAGUGCACACAUACAGUGAGGGAAAAAAGUAUUUGAUCCCCUGCUGAUUUUGUACGUUUGCCCACUGACAAAGAAAUGAUCAGUCUAUAAUUUUAAUGGUAGGUUUAUUUGAACAGUGAGAGACAGAAUAACAACAACAAAAUCCAGAAAAACACAUGUCAAAAAUGUUAUAAAUUGAUUUGCAUUUUAAUGAGGGAAAUAAGUAUUUGACCCCCUCUCAAUCAGAAAGAUUUCUGUCUCCCAGGUGUCUUUUAUACAGGUAACGAGCUGAGAUUAGGAGCACACUCUUAAAGGGAGUGCUCCUAAUCUCAGUUUGUUACAUGUAUAAAAGACACCUGUCCACAGAAGCAAUCAAUCAGAUUCCAAACUCCACCUUGCCAAGACCAAAGAGCUCUCCAAGGAUGUCAGGGACAAGAUUGUAGACCUACACAAGGCUGGAAUGGGCUACAAGACCAUCGCCAAGCAGCUUGGUGAGAAGGUGACAACAGUUGGUGCGAUUAUUCGCAAAUGGAAGAAACACAAAAUAACUGUCAAUUUUCCUCAGCCUGGGGCUCCAUGCAAGAUCUCACCUCGUGGAGUUGCAAUUAUCAUGAGAACUACACGGGAUGAUCUUGUCAAUGAUCUCAAGGCAGCUGGGACCAUAGUCACCAAGAAAACAAUUGGUAACACACUACGCCGUGAAGGACUGAAAUCCUGCAGCGCCCACAAGGUCCCCCUGCUCAAGAAAGCACAUAUACAGGCCCGUCUGAAGUUUGCCAAUGAACAUCUGAAUAAUUCAGAGGAGAACUGGGUGAAAGUGUUGUGGUCAGAUGAGACCAAAAUCGAGCUCUUUGGCAUCAACUCAACUCGCCGUGUUUGGAGGAGAAGGAAUGCUGCCUAUGA